CACCACCGAAUUGAAAUUCUCCUCUCUCCAUAGACCUGUGAAGGAAAAUACCCCCUAAAAAAAAAGAAGAAAAAAAAAAACAAAGGGGAAAGUAAAAGGAAAAUUGCAGUCCAGAUCUAUCGGAAUUGCAAUCUGCAUCCGAUCCAAACAAAAUGUUUCUCUUGGAUUGGUUUUACGGCGUAUUGGCUUCUCUUGGGUUGUGGCAGAAAGAGGCUAAGAUCUUGUUCCUCGGCCUCGAUAAUGCAGGCAAAACUACGCUCCUUCACAUGCUCAAGGAUGAGUAUUGGAAAAAUUAAGUUUAAGGCUUUUGAUUUGGGAGGACAUCAGAUCGCUCGUAGAGUUUGGAAGGAUUAUUAUGCCAAGGUUGACGCUGUUGUGUACCUGGUGGAUGCAUAUGACAAGGAGCGUUUUGCAGAAUCAAAAAAGGAAUUAGAUGCACUCCUUUCUGAUGAGGCCCUUGCCAAUGUCCCAUUUCUCAUUUUAGGAAACAAGAUUGACAUACCAUAUGCUGCCUCUGAAGAUGAGUUGCGUUAUCACCUUGGUCUGACUGGUGUAACCACAGGCAAAGGGAAAGUUAACCUUGCUGAUUCUAAUGUGCGCCCCCUUGAGGUAUUUAUGUGCAGCAUUGUGCGUAAAAUGGGCUAUGGUGAUGGCUUCAAAUGGGUCUCUCAAUAUAUAAAGUAGGGUUAUUGUCAGCAAAAUGUCUAAUAGGUACCACAUACCCUUUUGUCUGGAUGAGGAGGGGAAGAAACAGCCCCUCCCGAAGAACAGAAGAAGAUUGAUUCGUUUCAGAUUGAUUCAGUUUGUUAGUUGUUAAAACUUGUAUGACUUGUGCUUCGAGUUUGUAAGGUAAGUGGAACUUCAUUGGUCGAUGUAAAAUUUUUAUCUGAAAUUUGGAGCUCUAUGCAGGUAUUAUAUCCUGAAUUAAGUACUUAGAACUUUAGUAGAACUAGAACAUUAGGUACUCUUUUUGCUGCAACUGUUUGCAGAAAAUAAUGUUUUCUUUCUUCUGAAUUCUUUUUAAGUGCAGCAUUUGUAAGCAUACAUGCGAACAUCAUUUCCUCA